GUUUUACAAUUCCCUGGUCUCAUCCUGUCCUGUUUUGCAGUGCCCUGGACAGCCCAGGCCGGCUGGAUGAGGAGCACCGGCUCAUCGCCCGCUACGCCGCGCGCCUGGCCGCCGAGGCCGGCAAUGCUCCCCGUCCUCCUGCAGACCUGCCCUUCAGCUUCGAUGCCAACAAGCAGCAGAGGCAGCUGAUAGCAGAGCUGGAGAACAAGAACAGUGCAAUUCCUGCCUGCAAGCCCUCAGACGCGAUGCCCAGCGCUCCCCUAUCAGGCUCAGGACUCCCUCACCUCUCAUUAAAUUUCCUUUCCUGCAGUCCGGGAGUUUUCUAGCCCCGCAUUAACACACCCCCCAUUGUUCCGUUUGUCUUUCCUUUCCACUUUUACCGUUUUUCUGCUGACCUGUCUCAUGGCUCCAGUCACAGUUCUGCUUUUCUGCCUUUCACAGCUUUCCCAAACCCCCUGACUGUAGGGAUUCCCACAGUUACCUGGGUGCAUCUCGGCACUCAGCCUCCCUGUUAUCUCAGGGUGAUAUCUGUCUCUACCCCUCACAUUCCUUUUCACUCCAUCAGCGCUCUGCAUGGUGUGAAAAACGCCAGCCACUUGUUUUAGUGUUAAAAGUUCAGUAGUAAUGAAAUGGUUAUAAAAGCAGUAAUAAAAAUGAGAGCAAUAAGAGUUUGGACAAUCAGGGUUAGGACAAUAAAAGACAAUAAAAACAAAGGUGCCUCUUGCCCCAGAAAGGACCCCCAGUAACAAAGGGUUAACCCUUAAAAGCCUGCUGCACAUUCAUAUAUCUCAUACAUGAUGCAUAAAUUCUUUUCUAACAAAGGGUCUUCUCUGGUUCUUGUCGACUUCUCCCCCUUGAUCCUGUUGGCUCCUUAAAUUUGGGAAGGAGGUGGAAGAAAAUUGGUCUUUUCCAAUAAGGAGGCAAUAAUUCUUCUCUGGGGGAUUUUGGUGUCUUGUUUGCUGUUAUCUCUGUGCAAAGAAUUUCUUGAAUAUCUCAUCCCUUUCUUGAGCUAGUUAAAAAAAGUAUCUCACAUUGCACAGUUUCUAUUUUAACAUUUUGUUAUAACCUAAAACUACUUAAAAAGAUUAAUACAAUACAACUUUCUAACAUAACACAUAUAACAUUAAUUGUCAUAUCUGCAAAGAGCCAAGCAUGUAAUGUGCACUUUUCACACCAUUCAGACCCUUAUGCACAGUAAACUUUUCCCCAGAGCAGUUUCCAAGUUCCAAGAGCUCUUUAGCCUGGCUCCUCCUCAGUCCCACCUUUUUAGAGCACGUGGAUUCCUGGGGUGCUUUUAGUAAUUUUUAUCAUCA